CUCGCCAUGGGCCCACUCCACUCCCCGCGCGAGACACGUCGCUCAGGACGCCGCUCGCAGCCCUCGACCUCUUCGACGUCCAAAUCUCCAGAAUCCCCCGACGACAUCCCGACCUCCAUCCCCAGCUCCAGGACCAAGGACAGAGGCGACUCCUCCACCCGGCACUCCCACCCCAUCUCAUCCCGCGCCAAGCGUCCCAAGACGGAGGACACCGCCGACGAUACAGCCGUUCCCGCAUCCUCAGGGUCUGCCACCGCCCAUGGUCAUGGCCACGGUGGCAGCACCUCGUCCCGCUCCAGUGGCGGCACCGGGGGGAACAGCAGGAGCAAGCGCAGCAAGAACAAGAAUCGCGAUAGGGAGCGUGAGCAACGCGCCGCUGCCGCUGCAGCGGCUGCAGCCGAUGACCCGCUCGACAAGGACAAGACGGCGUCGACGCCUGGCGCAGCAAGCGUCGAGCCCCAGGAAGACGAUGCCGAGGGUGGUAUCACGCGUUGUAUAUGUGGGAUGAACGAGGAGGAUGAGUCUGAAGGGGCCGGCUUCAUGGUUCAAUGCGAGCAGUGCGAGGUCUGGCAGCACGGGGCCUGCAUGGGGUUCACGUCCCAGGACGCCCUGCCCGAGGAGAGCUACUACUGCGAGCAGUGCAGACCAGAGCUCCACCAGGAACUAUUCAAAAAACUAGCCAAAAAAGCACGCCAGUCCUCGGCAACCACAGCCGGCACGCCCCUCUCCGCGUCCGGCCCCAGCCCCAACAACCCCCUAACUGGGUCCGGCGGUGGCACUGCCAACACGAACACUAUUAACAACAACAACAACAACAGCACCACGCGCGUCUCGCGAUCGCACUCCCCCACGGCGCUCCUCAAGCCCCCCAAGCGGCGCAACACGAUGAACAGCCGUGACGCCGCGUUCGACGAGGCGCUGAAAGAGGUGAUGGACCUGACGGCAGCUGAGGCGGCUGCGUCGCUCUCGCCUGUGGCUGAGGGCCCGGGUGGCGGAUCGGGCUCGGCGAACAGCGGGAGCGCCGGUAGUGGGGCUGGGCUUUCAGGGCAGGGGGUGGGGGAGCAGGGCGGGGAGGAACAGGACAGCGUGUCGCAUGCCCAUCUGCGGAAUAAGAAGCGGAAGCGGACGGAGGAUGAUGUAAAUAUACCCACGAAACGCUCCCGUUCUGCUUCGAGCGCGUCCGACCGCCCACUUGGUCCCCUUGUCAACACCACUGCGCACAACACCCACAACACCGAGGACUCGCCCGCCACGUCUCAGCCACCCACCAAGCGAUCGAGCAAGUCGACCUCGUCACGGAACCGCCGCGGUGGCGCACGGACUAAACAGUCCGCAGUAGCAGCAGCAGCCGUGGCAGCGUCAUCGCACCGGGACGAAGGACUGACACCGGCUGGGGGCGACGGCGAGGAAGGUGUGCCGAACUCCGCAGCCGCCACCGCCGCCGCCACCGCCAAGUCCAGCCGAGCCAAGACGAGCAUUACCACAUCGCAGAAUAAGCGCCCGCCGCUGUCACGCCAGACGUCGGCGAGCGCCGGUGGUGGUCCUGUUUCUGGUGCCAACGAUGCUCCUGCUGUUGCUGCUGCCUCUUUGGCCAAUGGUGUUGCCGCAGGCUUGGGAGGGCAUGAACACGGUACGCGCCGGAACGCGGGUACGCCUUCUGCACCGCAAGAUAUCAGUAGCGGUGCCGGUGCCGGUGCCGGUGGGAGUCGGUCAUACAAGCACCAUUCCUCGGCGACGACAGCUGCAGCUGCAGCGGCCGCAGCGGAGGACGCGCAGCAGCCGCUGCUGACGACGUGGGGGCUGCCGGACUAUCUUGCGCAUCUGGAGCACAUGUUGCCGUCCGAGACGCCCAAACCGCUCGAGGUGCGCGCGAGCGCGAGCUCGUCUUCGGCGUUUUUAUUAUCGAAUCCGCAUUAUCAUGCUUCUUCGUCUUCUUCUUCGCGCCCGCACUCGACGUCGCAUUCGCAGUCCCACCACGCGAAUUCGAAUGCGAACGACUCGCAAGCGGCGCUCGGGCUGGGCUUUCCUUCGUCUGCGGGCCUCAACGGCCAUGGCCAUGGCAGUAGUAACGGCAACAGCAACGACAAUGGCAAUGGCAACGGCGGCAACGGCGGCGGCGGUGGAGAGUACCACGUAUCGGUGUCGGUCGAGCGGGGCGUCAAGGUGCGCUGGCCGAGCAAGCGGAUGAGCGUGGGCGACAUGAACAAGCGCGUGCGCGCGCUCGUCGAGUGGGUCGGGCGCGAGCAGGCGGGCGCGGGCGAUCGGCAGCGGCGGCGGGAGGCGCUCGAGCGCGCGCUGGGGUUCGGUCGGUCUGCUCGGCCGCAGUCGCAGCGCCAGACGCGGGCGGAGGUAGGAGGGGAGGGAGAGGGCAAGUCAGACGGGGAGGCGCAGGAGAGUGCGGAUUCGCCGUCGACGAUGAAGAUGAUGGAGGAGCUUAUGGAGGAGCUUAUCUCGUUCCAGGAGCGGUUUGGGCCGGGCGCGAAGAGCAGAGAGCGCAGGCAGCAGCAGCAAGUGUCAUGACGGCGUUCCCUUUCCACGGUUCCCUCGCCUCCCCCAUCUCCCCACUCCCAUCCUUUUCCGUCUCCUCCUGCGCUGCGGACUUCUAUACUCUCCUCCUCUUCUCGCUGCUGCUCCGCCCCGUGCCGACCUCGGCGUCUCGUCCUGUUGUUGUGUGCUAUGUUAUGCUAUGCUAUGGGAUAUCCCGGGGGCGGACAGCUGUGCCGCGGUGCUGUCCUGACGUCUGUCUAACGUUAACGCUAAGUAACGUUGAAUGCGUAUACUUUAUUAUAUCACUAUGUAGUUGUCGUGUC